AUUUUAUCGUGUUUCUCUUUGGAAGUGCAGAAAGGUUUAUUACCAUUAGGUUACUAUUUUUACCUGACACUGUUGUUAUCUUUAAGUGAUAAUGUAUUGUGAAUGGGAAAUUACUCUCUUUUUAUUUAAAGAAUGUAUUUUCAUUUGCUCUUGAUAUACGAUUUCAAUAGAUGAAUUUAGUUUAAUGAUUUAAUAAAAAAAAAUGGCAGUGAUGGAGCCUAAUGAUUUUGAUCCUGAUAAUGAAGCUGGUGAUCUUUCAAGGCAUGGUUCAAUUAGAAAAGUUCUCCAUUCUCUUGUGGGAACUGAUUCUCUGUUAGGCAAAUCUGCAAAAAUGUUAGACCGUCCAAAAUCGAAAGGCACGUCUCUUGAUCCUGAUGACUACUCUCUUAGCUUUAAAGAAUAUACCAUUAUAUCAGAAUACAAUUUGGUUGUCAGCAGACAUAUCCCUGGACUCUAUGUUAUUCCUUCUGCUAACUCAGAAUUGUUAUGGUUUGGUGUAAUAUUUAUUAGAUCAGGUGUGUACAGAGGAGGCAUUUUUCGGUUUAUACUGCAAAUUCCAGAAGAGUUUCCUGAUAAUGUUCACCCAAGUUUAGUCUUUGAGACAAAGGUAUUUCAUCCAUCAGUAGAUAUUGAAACAUUGGAGCUCAAUUUGAGUACUGUUUUUAACAAUUGGUCUCGAAAUAUUAAUCAUAUCUGGCAAGUCCUUGAUUAUGCUAGAAACAUUUUUUAUCAUAUACCUGCAAAAGCAAGAACUAAUAAAUUGGCAGCCCAUCUGUAUGAAUUUGAAAGGGAAGAAUACUUAAGUCAGGCAAUGAAGUGCGUCCAAGAUAGUCAGUCUGAUGUAUAUAAAUCUUUAGAAACUGAUGAUGCUCAUUAUUUAAAAUUUUCUCAGUAUGAUGAAACUAUUCAUGGUGAAACCCUGCGUGCCUUGAAAAAAUUUAAAACUUGCAGCAAAUAUAAUGGUCACUCAUCUGGACUAUCAUGGGUUAAACGAGGGUCACUGAAGCCAUGUUCAGCUAAUUCAUAUUUCUAGACUGAAUAUGUUUUGAGCGUUUUUUAUUUUUUGUAAGAAUUGUUUUGUAGAUGAAAGUUAAAGAUAUAUGUAUGUUUGUAUACAUAUAAAUUAACAUCAUUAUUAAAUAUAUAUUGUCAACAAUAAUAUGUUGCAACCAUUGAUCAUCAUUGUUAAUUUUUGUAUGUUGGUUUUAUAAUAAAAUUGUUUGAAGAUUG